GUGAAACGGAUAUUGGACCAAAGGCUAAAUUUCCAACUAAAUCUAACCAACCUCGUUCUGACUUUCAUUGAUUACACGGGCAGUCAGGGCAAACGUAACAAUAACAUAGAUCUUGAUCAAGAAACCAUAACAAUGUUUACAUUUUUAUGUGUAACGUUGACACAGAAAAAGUAUGAUUAUGAUGAUUCCUUGGAGUAUGACCAGUAAUGGUACUUAGAAUGGCAUUAUUCAUUUAACAGACAAAUGGAAAUGUCUGGUUCUAUUAGAGGAAAUGGCAACCAUGAUAUUACAGUAAAUAACACAGAAGUUCUAAUUUCUGAUGCAGUUCUACAGCCUAGUUCUUAUAUAAAUACUGGUCAAAAGUUUGCCACAGAUAUCGGCAUAGCCAUAGUAACAUCAGGAAAUAAAUCAGAUGGAAGACGUCUUAUUUCCAGAAAUAUGUCAACUGUAGGUUCGGAAACCCCAACUCAAAAAAUGUGCCCAAGUCCAAGUCCAAAAAGCCCAGCAAAGAAAACGCCAGAGUUGUCUGAUGUGCCAGGUAACAUAAACAAAUCAAGAAACAAACGUUUUCACAAGCUGUUUAAAUCUGCUCCAGUGGAAGAGUACCCAAUUGAAUCUUUUUCCUGUGCCUUCAAGGGAGAUAUACUUCUUCAUGGUCAGUUGUAUGCCUCUCAUAAUUGGCUGUGCUUUUAUUCAAAGAUCAAAGCCAGAGGACGCUGUAUUGAAAUUCCAUUGAAUAAAGUCAUAAGUAUAACCAGGGAAAAAUUAGCUCUUAUUAUUCCAAAUGCCAUUGGAAUACAAGUUGCUGAUCAUAAGUAUGUUUUUGGUUCAUUCAUGUCCCGAGAUUCUACUUACAAAAAACUGGUGACUCUCUGGAAACUCAAUCAAGAAAUGAUGGGAAGUGAAACACUAGGCCUCAUACCUGGGGAAGUGUUAGCCCAUAUAGACAGUGAGGUCACCACAGAGUCAGACACCACAGAAGAUGAUGUAGAUGCAGCAAGACCACUAGGAAGAGUCCUUAACUCUGUCAUUCACCGCAGAAUGGAAGUUGAUGCAUCCAAGAUUCCAGAUUCUACAGUGAUCAUAAAUCAACCUUCCUUAGUGAGCCAACAGUGUAUAAACUGCAUAAAUAUAUUGACUAUCUUCUACUCUUUUUCAUUAAAACUACAAAGGAUACCACGUACUAAUAUGUUACUUGGUGUUUGCACUAUACUUGUGUUCUUCUUGCUGUUGUCUGCCAUGGGUCUCACAUACAAGAUACUUCUACUUCAGAGUAAGCUAGAAAUGAAAACCAUCUGGAGUCCUCAUGCCUCUAUCAACAUUAGAGAGAGGACUAUGAGCAACUUGUAUUGGCUACAAAUGGAAAGUCAUGCCUCUGUUGUGCGCCAUCUGCAUACAGUACUACAAGCAAAUAUUCAUCUUCUAGAAGAGGCUCACCUCUUGCUGAAAAGUCUCCACAGAUUUCCAGAAACAUGUACAUCAAACUGCACUCUAGGUGACAAAUGUUAAAGUCACUGCUACACUUCAAGCUAUGUCACUGCUACACUUCAAGUUUUCUAGAUUUGAAGUUAAAGUAUGUUGGUUUUAUGUGGAAUUUUGAUCUUGUGUUAAAACAAAACAACAUGUCUGUAUUAAGAUGACAUUGCAUAUCAAGAACAUAUGAUUUGACAAGCAGCACGAAUGUUUGUUUGUGGGCAAACAACUUUUGGCAUUUCCUGUAGAUCUUAUGUUAGUACUGGUACUCUAUUCCUAUCUCCGGCACAUGUUUUCAGCUAAUCUAUUUUAAUAGAUAAGUGAUAUCGAAUGGCUAUGAACUUACAUUUAUUUAUUUUUUUGUUCCUUAGGCUGUGUUCAAUUAGGCUGUCCUUAUUUUUAUCAUAGACAUUGCUUUUGUCUCUUCAAUUCCUUCUUUUGCCCACAUUUUUUUUUUUAAUUCAUCUCUAAUUGAUUGAAAUAUCAAUUUAGUAAUCAAAAGAUAUUUAUCUAAAAACCAUGCUUGUAAUAUUUAUUUUUCAUGGUUUCUAAGGGGCCAAAAACUUUAGUCCAAACUGUGUCACAAUAUCAUUUUGUUCUUUAUAGAGUUAACGAAUGGUACAUGUAUUGGCCAUUGAUAAUUGUCCGGGCUGAAAUAUGUAUUCAUUCUGUUAAAUAUCUUAAUUGUAUUGAUCAUCCUUGCAUUUAGGUUAGUUCUCAUUAGGCAUGAAAGGUACUGGGUAGAAUUAUUAAAUAAGGUCAGAUAAAGUCAGCACAAUUAAAGCAUUGAAAAAUAGCAAAAUAUAAAAGAAAGAAUAUGGGAAUACUACAAAAAAUAUUAGAAUAUGCCAUUGAUUGUUUAUUUGUAUUUGGCAAGUGCUAAUUAUUUAAAAUACUUCCAGUACUUUGUGAUUUUUAGUAUGAAAAUGAAAAUUGUUCCAAAAUGUUUGUAAGUUUGUCUCUUUAGAAUCUCAUUUAUUUAUGACAUAAAAACAUGAUAGUUUUAAUGUGUCACUUUUCAACAUGGUCCACUGGACCUUUUGUCUCAUGAAGCUACUAACAGAAUGGAUGGGACCAAGGUUCUCUGCUCCUGCCUGUCUAUAAUCCUUUGGAAAAACAUGUUAGAAAGACUUUCCAUAUCUGUCCUUGUCCAAUCAGCUUUUCUUUGUCAGUUUGGUCUGUGGCCUCCUGUAUGGUAAUUGGAAGUGUGUUUCAACCAUCCAUGUUGGAAAGUGGGCAUGACAUGUUUUUUAUUUCUUGUAUUUACUUUUUAAGCCUUGUUUUGCUUGCUCUUAAGUAAUGAAAUCUUUAAAUUCUUUAAAUCAUCUAUAUUGUUAAGAUCCCUAAAUAAGAAAAGUAUUUAAGACAGUGACAAAUUUAUUAAAAAAAAGCAAGCAGUCCAACAAGAUUAUGCUAAACAUUGAAAUCAUCAAGCAAAAUAGAUAAAAGGAAGCCAUUAUUUCUUACUACUAGGCAGAGUUUGAAGCAGAUCAAAAUACUAUCUUUAUAAAUACUAGAUCUUAGUAAGCAUAUGCAGAGUUAAAUAUAUAAACAUAACUUGAUAAUUUUGAUUUGGUUUGGCCUGAUUACAUGAAAAUAUAUGUCAACUUUUAAUAAUUAGUUGUUUGUUUAUCAAGGCUGUUUGUUUAUCAAAAUUUACUUAAAUUUACUUUACUUUUUAGUUGGAAAAAAUAACUAAUUUGCAUUACUCUUUAUGGAUUGUUUCACAUAUGAUGAUUCAUCUUUUUUAAGUUGAUAUUUAUGAAUUGUGAUUAUGAUGUGUGAUAAUUGUAUAUGUUGUUUCAGAAGCAGCGCUGUUCAUACUAUUUAGUGGAACAUUUGUUUCUGCUGUUGUUUGUUUGACAUUAUGAUGAAAAUGUCUCAGCAAGAACAGCAUUAGUUUUUAUUCUGUUGUAGUUUCACCCAAGUUCAUACAAAAAACUUUUUUUUCCCCUUUUUCCACAUUUAAAGGCAACAUGAAAAAUGCUUUCUUUUUGGAAUAUUUAUUAAUAUUUUAGCAUGUGAAGAAUAUUUUCUUUUCCCAAAGUUUGCUUUAUUUUCUCCCCCCCCCCCCCCUCCUCCUCCCUGACAGAAUCAAUUACUACAAGAAAUAAUGCAAUAAUUGUUCUGUUAGUUCAAUAAUUUUGUUGAGCUGUACAAACUUGUGAACAGUUUGAAACAUCUCUUGACUUUCUAUUUGCUCUCUGAGCCAGUUUCAAACUUUUACUUUGUAUUUGUAUUGGUGAUCAAUGACUCCUGUCAUGGAGUUGUGAUGUAAAUGUGUACAUUAUGUCUCUUGUCACAAGGCCUCAGUCAAUUACUUUGUACUGGAGUAGUGCCAAUACAUGAAUUGUUUGUAUCUUGAAUUAUUGUUGACUAGUUGAAACAUCUAUUUACUGUUUAGUUGAAAUUCAUGUAUCUAGUCUUUUAUGAUAUAUCUAGGUAUAAAGAAAGGAUUUCAUGCAUUGAUAUGUUUUCCACAUAAUUGAUGUAACAUGUGCACAAUUUUUGAGUCUUUUCCUUCACUAAUAAAAUAAUAAGGCUUCGGCUUCUCCUCAAGUCUGAAGAUUAGUGAGGAAUGUAGUAUUUCCUUUUUAGCAGCACGUUUAUUCUCUUUGGCUACUACUGUUAAUGUUUCCCUGGUCAUUUUAUCUUUGGCAACUUGUGUUAUUCUUCACUGGGUGAACACUAUACAGUGCCAGAUUCUAGUAACCCCUUACACUCUUCAAGCUACGUUAUGAUGCACUUAAUUUCAAGGCAGUUCCUGUUUGUACAGAAAGAAAUAGAGUACUUGUACAUUUUAUUGUAUUUCCUUAUUUUCAUUUAUUUAAUAGGCACAUAUUUUGUUAAAAAAGUUAUAUUAUUGAAAUGUGGAGGGGGGUUCCCUUGUCUUGAUGCAGUAAAUCCAUCUCUGACUCUAUAUUUAGUUACAUUUUUGGGAUAAAUGUAUGAAUUAUUUAGGCAUCCUUUGAACGUCUAUCAAAUUUGGGCAUUGUUAUAUAUUAAGUCUAUUACAAAUCUGAAGAAAGAUUUUUUUGGAAAGAACUUGGUGUCUCAACUCAAGGUUAGUUCAUUUCGUCUUAUUGUUUCUUUUUGUGAAGUAGGCUGAAGGAAAAUAUUUUUGUUUUAUUGUUGACCUUCGGGUAACCUGGUUGUUUAUGAUACUAUGGUCCAUAGGAAUAAUUGUUUCAUAGAAACAAUACUCUGUUACGGGUAAAUACAAUCAUAUAGGUAUAUCAUUUUAUCUGCAAGGAUUAUUUUAGUCAAAUGUUGACCGUACAAAUCAAUGAAAGGCUAGAUACUUAGAUGUGUAUAUUUUAUGUACUUGUUGACAGUCCCAGUGAAUGCUUUUCUCUAGUGGAUAUGUGUGCUAUAUAUAUUUAUAUUUGCUGGCUUCCCAAUUUUUUGUAUUUCAUUAUUUUGUUACAAAUCUUGCUAGCUGCUGAUGUAAUCACUUGGACUUCAAAUAGAAACUUUUUUUUUUCUAAACCUUUGGUGCUUCUUCAUUAAACCUACUGCUGUGCUUUAUUACCCAACUGCUGGCUAAGAGGUUUAAACAAAUAUACAGGUUUGAAUUUUUUAAAAAUAUUUAGCUGUAAAACCAAAAUAGCUCAGAGGUUUUCUUUUUGUUUUUAAACUUCCUUCAAUGUGAGGUCAUUCUCAUGCAGGUCCAUUGAACAUAUUGCUAGUUUUACUUUUGAGUUGUAGUACAAAAACAAUUGGUGUUAGAUGCACUGGUGGUAAUGUUCAUGUUUAUGGGUUACAGGUCAUGGGCUUGUAGUUUUUAUUUCUGUGUAAAGGUGGUGUGUUUGUUGGUUUGUUCUCUGGCUAACAUUCAGUUUUGUCUUAGCCUUACAGUGUUUUAUUGGUUGCUAUAGCAACAUUACUUUGCUUAUUCUAUGAUUAUAAUUUAUAAGCAACAUCCCCUGCGUGUGUUGACAUUGAUGAAACUCGAAUGUAAAUAGUUUAAUUGAGCAUUUGUUCAAGAUUUAUUUUUAUGCGAUGCCAACAUGGUUGUAAUUUUGAUUUGUUUAUGUUCUUUUGAAUCAUUUACUGUUUUUUUUUGUUUUUUUUUUUCAAAAUAUUUGAAUGCUUAAUUACAGAUAACAACAGUGAGUUAUUAGCUGAUUUCACAUCUAGGUUUUUUAAAGUGUACAAAGAAAACUGUGUUUUAAAUGAAAUUAAGCCAAUUGUUUAAAGAUUUUUUAGCAGAAUGUUCCGAUUCUCACUGUUCAAAUGAAACAGUAUAUUGUGAUAAUUGGCAGUCAUAGUUAAGCAUAGCAAUGUAUUGCAGUCAUUGCCAGUCAUUUGUUAAGCAUAGCAAUGUAUUGCAGUCAUUGCCAGUCAUUUGUUAAGCAUAGCAAUGUAUUGCAGUCAUUGCCAGUCAUUUGUUAAGCAUAGCAAUGUAUUGCAGUCAUUGCCAGUCAUUUGUUAAGCAUAGCAAUGUAUUGCAGUCAUUGCCAGUCAUUUGUUAAGCAUAGCAAUGUAUUGCAGUCAUUGCCAGUCAUUUGUUAAGCAUAGCAAUGUAUUGCAGUCAUUGGCAGUCAUUUGUUAAGCAUAGCAAUGUAUUGCAGUCAUUGCCAGUCACAUGUUUUUUAUGUCUACUUGGGCAUGGGAUAAGCUGACUGGUUGUGUGGUUUGCACUCCAGACUGUUGUCAUGAUGGUCCUUGGUUCAAACCCUAGCCACUGCCAUCCCCUGCUUUAGUCCUGGAGGCUUGGACUAGGAUGUAACAAUCUUUAUUUCAGAAGGUAUAUCUGACAGUCAAUUCAUGAUCCCAUUGUAAGAACUUGAGUGCAUGUAGAGUUUGGAAAGUCAAAUUGUUUGUGUCCUAUCUGUGAUAUCUUUUGGUCAUUCCCUCCUGAACACUUGGAUAGAUUUUUAUAACACAUUUUCAGAUUAUGGCUGUACUUCUUAUUUUUGUUUUAUUCACACACUUUUU